GGCUCAGCGAGCAGCAUUGAAUCUGGAUCAGUGGAUGUGCGCAGGCUUCAGCAUUGACGAUUUUGCAACAGCUGAGGAGCACGGAGACGAGACAAGCAGCGGCUAGGUUUUCCCGCAUUGUUCAGAGUUCAAUUGCAGUAUCAAGCUUAGCUGCGACGCUUGCAACGACGGGUUGUGUCAGCAGGAACAGCCAAGAUGGCAGACAACGAUUGGAUCAAUGGUUAUCUGGAAGCAAUCCUCGACACAGAGGGUAGCGCGGUGGCAAAGCAAGCUCCGCAGAAGGGCAAGAAGGACAGCAAAAGUGAAGGGAAGGAGGCCGCCACAAAGAAGGACAGCCUCGCGGUGCCAUUCUUUGUGAAGCAGAUCACUGGCUUUGAUGAGACGGAUCUGCAUAGAACAUGGAUGAAGGCGACUGCGAUGAAGAAUGUACACGAGCGUGGCAGCCGUCUGGAGUACCUGUGUUGGAGAAUCUGGCACAUGACACGCCUGAAGAAAAAGGUUGAGUGGGAGGAGGCACAGCGCCUUGCUCGUCUGCACAUGCAGCGCGAGAGUGACAGGGCUGCAGACGAAGCUGACCUGCGCGAAGAUCCAGACACUGAGGAAGACGAGUCCACUGUGGAGUCGGAAUCUUACACUGCAUCAGAAGGGGAGGCCAAGCAGUUGGAGUCAUCAGCAAGUCUCCCUGUGGACCAUGAGAAGAAAGAGGGCAACCUCUACAUUGUCAUGAUCAGUCUCCAUGGCCUUGUCCGUGGUGAGCACAUGGAGCUGGGACGCGAUGCUGAUACCGGCGGCCAGGUCAAGUACGUUGUCGAGUUUGCCAAGGCCCUAGCAGAGCUGCCGCAGGUGUACCGAGUGGACCUCCUGACGCGCCAGAUCUGUGAUCCCAGUGUGGACUACAGCUAUGGGGAGCCGCAGGAGAUGCUGACCUCAGGUGCGCCAGAUGGGGAGGAAGGCGGGGAGGAGGGUGAGAACUACGGGGAGAGCCGCGGCGCAUACAUUGUGCGGAUACCCUGUGGCCCCAGGGAGAAGUACAUCAGAAAGGAGGAGCUGUGGCCAUUCGUCCAGGAGUUCGUGGACGGGGCCAUUGGUCACGUGACCAACAUGGUGCGAGUCCUAGGCGAGCAGAUUGGGCAGGGAGAGCCUGUAUGGCCGCACGUGAUCCAUGGCCACUAUGCUGACGCUGGAGACAUUGCCGCGCUGCUCUCGGGGGCGCUCAAUGUACCCAUGGUUCUGACGGGCCACUCGCUUGGCAGGAACAAGCUGGAGCAGCUACUGAAGCAGGGCCGCCAGAGCCUCGCCUCGAUUGACACCACGUAUCGCAUCAUGCGCCGCAUUGAAGCAGAGGAGUUUGCGCUGGACGCGGCCGAGCUCGUGGUUACGAGCACGCAGCAGGAGAUCAUUGAGCAGUGGGGCCUGUACGACGGCUACGAUGCCAAGCUGGAGCGAGUGCUCAGAAUGCGCGCCAGGAAGAACCUGCCCACACACGGCCGCUUCAUGCCACGCAUGGCGGUCAUCCCUCCCGGUAUGGAUUUCAGCCACGUGGUGGUUCAGACCGCGAGCAAGGGUUCCAGCGCUGACCUGGCGGCUCAGGCAGACGAGGAGUCCCCCAUGUCGCCCAAGCCGGACCCGCCCAUCUGGUCCGAGGUCAACCGCUUCUUCUCCAACCCGCACAAGCCCAUGAUCCUUGCGCUUGCCCGUGCCGAUCCCAAGAAGAACCUGACCACGCUGGUGGAGGCCUUUGGCGAGAACAAGCACCUGCGAGACACCGCAAAUCUGACCCUCAUCAUGGGCAACCGUGACGUCAUCGACGAGCUCAGCGAGAGCGCGAGCAACGUGCUGACCCAGGUCCUGAAGCUGAUUGACAAGUACGACCUGUACGGCCUCGUGUCCUACCCGAAGCACCACAAGCAGCCGGAGGUGCCCGAGAUCUACCGCCUGGCCGCCAGGACCAAGGGCGUGUUCGUGAACCCUGCCCUGGUGGAGCCCUUCGGCCUGACCCUGAUUGAGGCUGCGGCAUACGGCCUGCCAAUGGUCGCCACCAAGAACGGCGGCCCGGUGGACAUCCAGAGGACGCUGAACAACGGGCUGCUGAUAGACCCGCACGACCAGGAGGGCAUCGCGGACUCGCUGCUGAAGCUGGUGAUGGACCGCAAGAUGUGGUCCGACUGCCGCAAGAACGGCCUGCAAAACAUCCACAAGUACAGCUGGCCCAACCACUGCCGCCAGUAUCUCCAGAAGGUGGCCCACUGCCGGCAGCGGCACCCCAAGUGGAAGGCCCCCGGGCUGGAGUCCGACCCGUCGUACCGCACCGACUCGCUGGGCCCCGAGAUGAGCAUGCGCGACAUGAAGCUGUCGCUGGACGAGGACAACAUCACGCGCACGCAGAGCGGCAACUGGCGCAUCAAGUCCCCUGGGGAGAUCGAGAAGCUCAUGCGCCAGGGCAGCGGCACCCCCGGCGACCGCCCGGGGAAGAAGUACCCGAGCACCAACAACACGGGCCUGCAGGGUCUCCCAGAGGACGGGGACGCCGCCCCGGGCCCCCAGGCGCGGUCCACCGAGGAGCUGGGCAUGCGGAUGCGUGGGCGGAAGCACCUGGUGGUGGUCGCCGUCGACGACUACGACCCCUCGGGGAAGGCAACCGGGACCCUGGCCAAGGUCUUGUCGGCCGGGUUGAAGGCGGCCAAGACGGACAAGACCGGGUUCGCGAUUGCGACAGCGCUCACGGGGCCGGAACUCGUGGCGCUGCUGGAAGGGGCCGCGAUCGGGCUCAAGGACCUGGACGUGGUGAUCGCGGGCAGCGGGAGCGAGCUGUAUUACCCGGGCCCGCUCGGGGACGGCGAGAAGGGCGACCAGCUGACGGACUCGGCCGGGACGAAGCUGUACCCCGACCUGGACUACAAUGCCCACGUGGAGUACCGCUGGGGCGGCGACGGGCUGCGUAAGGCGAUGGUGAACAUCGUGGCGGCCGGGAGCGAGAAGGGUGCGGACGCGCGCAAGGCGGGCGGGCCGAAGCCGGUGCUGAGCUUGACGGAGGACCGCGAGCACAUGGGGCACCACCGACUGGCGUACAAGGUGGUCGACCUGGCACAGGCACCGUCCGGCUCCGAGCUGCGCCGCCGCCUGCGGACGCGCGGCCUGCGCUGCCAUGUCAUCUACUGCCGCGGCAACUCCACCCUUCACCUGCUUCCCGUGCACGCCAGCAGGAGCCAGGCGCUGCGGUAUCUUGCGGUGCGGUGGGGGAUCGAGGUCUCGAACGUGAUCGUCGUUGCGGGGUACGCGGGCGAUGCGGACCACAUCGAGCUGUUGGGCGGAUCGGUGUGCGUGGUUCUGGUGGGCGGUGUCGCGCGUCCGGAGAACGCGACGAAGGGCAGUGCCCAAGGGAGCACCGAAGAAGACCCUGCCAAGCUGCCGAACGUGGUUGCGGUCGACGAAAAGAAGGGAGUGGACGGUAUCGUCGACGGUCUGAAGGAGCUGAAGCUGGUAUGACGAGGCUGAUCGGGGCUGCACAGUAGAGCUGUUGAGGCUGUGUCUACACUCAAGAAACUCUGUCCAGUGAGGCGUUUUGCCCAAGUUGACUUUGGUCUGGUAGCACUUCCAUCCCUUCGAGUCAGCGCCGCAGGCGCUCGUAUAUUAAGAUAGGAGAGGACGUUGUGUUCGGGGCUAGCUUUCAAUAAUCUUGAAUCACAGGGCCCGCAUCCGCUGGUAUGAAGUUCAGGGCUGUCGCCAAUUUUGGCUGUAACAUUAGGCACAGGUUAAUCGAGAAGCGUUUUGUCGUACGUCUAUAACCAACGAAAGUUUGUUCAAUCUUAGAACAGAAGGCUGCGCAGAUGAACUUGCACGCUCAUGCAAAGGUUAACGACACUUUCCGAUAGGUUGCAUGCGGCCUUCCUUCCGAUCCGCUUGAUUGCAAUCAUAAUCAUGCAACAUUGUCACAACAAUCUGG